AUGGCCGACGAAGCAGCUCGCGCUCACGCCGCUGAAGUGGCGCGCGCUAAUGAAGAAGGAAGAGAUCCACCUCCUCCUCCUCCUAAUCCACAAGAUCCUGCUGGAGAUCCUCAGAUCAUAGCAUUGGUUAGACAGAACCAAUUCAAUGGCCUUCCAGCCGAGCACCCUCUUGAUCACAUAGAAAACUUUGAAGAAAUUUGCAGCACUACUAGAUCCAAUGGAGUCUCUGCUGACUACUUGAAGUGCAAGCUCUUUUCAUUCUCUCUUGGCGACAAAGCUUCAAGAUGGUUGAAGUCUCUGCCAGCUCACUCCAUCACCACUUGGGAUGAGUACAAGGCCGCUUUCAUCAACCACUUCUACACCAAGCAAAGAUCAGUUUCUGUAAGGAACAAGAUCUCCAACUUUCGCCAAGCCAACAAUGAAUCUUUCUAUGAGGCGCUAGACGAUUCAAGGAGUACAUUAGGGACUGCCCUAAUCAUGGUUUCAAUGAGGGAAACCUAUGGAACAUCUUCUAUCGUGGCAUAG